CUCAGAUAAAGUCGUACUCGUCGUGCUUGAGGGUUAUGCCAUGUGAAUUAUGCCAUAUGAUGGCCAGUCAAAGAAAAUGUGGCUCGCUACCUCUGCCCCUGAGCAGUCCUUGCUCACGCGGAUCAGUGAGUUGGAGACCUACAACAGGCAGAUCGAUCGUCUCGAAGAGAUCCGGCUCUUGCGGCUGCAGCAUGCGAAGAAGAAGCUCCUUCGCAGGCGCGCCGCAGACGAGGUCAGCGUUCUCAGUUUCGCAUGCACGGCCUCGUGCAGCUCCACGGCGCAGGCGCAGGCACAAUCUCCCAGCGAUACGUACGGUACGUCCCAGCGGUCGGAUGGCAGCACAGAUGCCGCGACGGCCGCCAAGCUGUUGGCGCAACGCUUUGAACUGCAGCAAGUCUCAUCGUUGCUGGAGUCCAAGGCGGAGGAGACCACCAGAAACACGCAGGACCUGGCGGAGUCUUGGCAGGCACGGCUAGACGCGACACUGGAGAGCCGGAGUCAGCAACUGCAACAGCUGCAACGGCUACAGCAGCACAGCAGCAUGGUGCAGGAGAAGUUGCGGCAGACCAAAGGCACCGUGGAACAGGCAACUGCCGUGGCUGCAGCUGCCACGAAGCGACGUUUGAGGGAUGCAGCCCGUGCUCGAGUUCAAAGCGCUUUGAAUGAGGAGCUGCGUGCCGAAGCCGCUGCGGAACAGCUGAGGCGCAGCACGCAGCGGCAGGCGCAGGCAGCCCAGAGGUAUCAGGUGCGCUGA